AAAUUCUGUGUAAAUAUAUAGUUCAAGUGUUUCUACGUCGAAAUUAUAUGAAUUAAGUAUGGCUCGAUACAAUCAAAGACUGGAAAAUGCUUUAAAAAGGGCGAAUGAAUUUAUUGAAGUGGGCAAACCUGUGCGUGCCUUGGAUACGCUGCAAAAAGUGUUUCGCAACAAACGCUGGAACGAUGCCUUUUCGGAGACAGUUAUUGAGCCACUCAUGUACAAGUACUUGUACUUGUGCGUGGAGCUCAAGAAGUCUCACAUUGCCAAGGAAGGUCUGUUCCAGUACCGUAAUAUGUUUAAUAUGUUCCAGUUUGUGAACGUCAAUUCGCUGGAAAAUGUUAUUCGUGCCUACUUGCGUAUGGCUGAGGAGCACACUGAAGCUGCUCAGGCCCAGUCUUCGGCUGCUGUUGCCGUCCUCGAAUUGGAUGACUUGGACAAUAUUGCAACUCCGGAAAGUAUUCUCAUGAGCGCUGUGUGCGGCGAGGAUGCUCAGGAUCGUUCGGACCGUACCAUCCUGCUGCCAUGGGUUAAAUUUUUGUGGGAAUCCUAUUGUCAAUGUUUGGAGUUAUUAUGUAUUAAUACCCUCUGCGAGGCUUUGUACCACGACAUUGCUCGCAUGGCAUUCCAAUUUUGCUUGAAAUAUAAUCGCAAGAGUGAGUUCCGUCGUUUGUGCGACAAGUUGCGCAAACAUUUGAAAGACAUUUGCAAGAGCACCAAUCAAACCACUGGUGUUUCCAUUACCAAGUUGGAAACUCAACAAUUGUGUCUUGAAACCAGAUUGUAUCAGUUGGACUGUGCCAUCCAAAUGGAAUUGUGGCAGGAAGCUUAUAAGACUAUCGAGGAUAUUCAUGGCCUUAUGGCUUUGUCGAAGAAGGCUCCCGCCCCCAAGACAAUGGCCAAUUAUUAUCAAAAAUUGGCUAUGGUUUUCUCUAAGGCCGGCAAUCAAUUGUUCCAUGCUGCUGCCUUAUUGAAGCUCUUCCAAUUGACUCGCGAGUUGAAGAAGAAUUUGUCCAAGGAAGAUAUGCAGCGUAUGGCUUCCCAAGUCUUAAUUGCAACCUUGUCCAUUCCAUUGCCAUCUGCUCAUCCCGAAUUUGAUCGUUUUAUUAAAGCAGAUAAGAGUCCCUUGGAAAAGGCCCAAAAAUUGGCUGUGUUGUUGCAUCUCCAACAACCACCCACCAGGGCUUCUCUGCUUAAGGAAGUGGUUCGCCUAAGUGUGCCACAAUUGGCAUCUGAAGAAUACCGCAAUUUGUACAACUGGCUCGAGGUUGACUUCAACCCCCUUAAUUUGUGUCAACGCGUUCAGACUGUGGUGGAUGCCAUUGAGGCAAUUCCCGGUGAAAAUCCCUUAGCACCCUAUGUACGUCCCUUGAAGGAUGUCACCAUUAUGCGUUUGAUCCGUCAAAUAUCCCAAGUCUAUGAAAGCAUUGAAUUCGAUCGCCUCUUGAAAUUGGCCCCAUUCAGCAAUAUUUUCGAUUUGGAGAAAUUAUUGGUGGAAUCCGUUCGCCACAAUGACAUGCAAAUCCGCAUCGAUCAUCAAAAGCGUUGUAUCUACUUUGGUACUGACCUGACUGAAAGCCAACGUGAGGAUCAGGAUCGUGACCAUCAGGAUGAUGGUCCCACAUUGCAGUCUAUGCCUUCCGAGCAAAUCCGUCCGCAAUUGGUCAACAUGUCCACCGUGUUGCAUCGCGCCGUAUCCAUUGUCUAUCCCAAUCGCGAACGUGAUCAACGGGCUAAGUUGCGCACCCAAAUGGUGCAACACUACCACGAGAUCAAGGAUCGUGAACACCAACGCAUUCUGCAGCGUCAAAAGAUCAUUGAAGACCGUAAGGAAUUCAUUGAGAAGCAGAAUAACGCACGUGAAGAGGCCCGUCGGCACGAAGAGGCCCGUCGGUUAGAGGAAGAAGCUCGCAAAGCCAAAUUGGCCGAGCAGAAACGCCUCGAGCAAGAAAACGAAGAACGCGAGCGCAAGCGUCUUCAAAACCAAAUUCAGGUUAUCAAGGAUAAGAGCUUGAAGGAGAAGUGCGAACAGAUAUCUAAAACUGCUCAUGGCAAGAAAUUGCUCAAGAAACUGGAUGAUGAGGCACUCAAGAAAUUGGAUGCUGAACAGAUUGCACAACGCGAAUAUGAAGAACUGCAAAGAGAAUGCAAGGAAUUGCAGAACAAAAUCAAAUCUCAAGAAAAGAAUAUCGACUACUUCGAACGUUACAAGCGUAUGAAGGAAAUUCCGCUCUUCGAGAAAUAUUUGAGCGAAAAAAUGGUUAAGGACAAAGAAUUUUGGGAGGCCCAAGAGGCAACGCGCAUAGAAAAUGCUAUUUUGGAGCGCAAGGAUGCUGAUACGAAAACCUCGGAUACAACAACUGAGGGUUCCGAGAGGAUCUACACAUCACAAACCUACUACACAGUGGUAAAUCAACAUUUCUCAUAA